UUAAAAACUAUACUAAUGUUCUUCAUAACCAUUGAAUUUUUAUAGUAAACAACAUCCUAAAAUGUUAUGGACAAUAAUUAUAUUGGUAGUAACUGGUUUGGAAGUACUGAUCACUGGUACCAACUGUGCAGCUAAUCCAGAAUUAAGUAAAUUAUGUUUGAAACCCAAUGGUUUAUUUCCUGGCACAUCCUGUGAAAAGUUUGUGAACUGUGCGAAUUUCCAAGCUACAGAACAGAAUUGUCCAAAAGGAUUAUAUUUUUCACCAACUAAAACUCAUUGUGACUAUCCCAAAAAUGUUGAUUGUGGAGACAAAGAAGAAAUAACUGAUGAAGCAUCCCGUCUAAAGAAAUUGUGUCUAAAACCAAGAGGUCAAUUUCCUGGCACAUUAUGUAAAACGUACGUCAAUUGUUUCGAUGACACAGUGGUAGAAGAAGUUUGUCCUGGCAACUUUCUUUUCUCACCGACCAAAUAUUAUUGCGACUAUCCAGAAAAUGUGAAAUGUGAGGAUAAAAAAAUCGAUGAUAAUAUUGAUAGUAGUCAUAGCAGUAGCAGUGAAGAAGGUGUUACUUUGCAAGAUGAUAAGGAUUACAUAGUCUGUCCAGUGUUGAAAAACGUUCAUAUUAGAUCAAAUAAAACAGACGAAUACCUUGCAAUAGAUUGGUCGAAUAGAACUAGUUACUUUAAAGAGGUAAUAGCUAUUUCCAAGGAAGAAAAGGAGAAAGAUCCGUUGCAGACUUUUUGGAUGGUGCAGUUUUGUAUGGAUAAAGUUCACAUACAUUCUAAUCAGAUAUAUAUGUAUACGUUGGAUCGUCGAGACGGUUGUGACGACGAUGACAGUGAUGGUCAAGUGGGCAUUUUUCCGAAAGGAGUUGAUAUUAAUAAUGCCGGCGAGAAUAACAAAUUUUCGUUUAACAUUACUACAGGACUUUUAACAGUUUGCGGAGGUAAAUGCGUUUACAUAACGGAAGAAGGAAAAAAAUUAAAUACUACAAACGACUGUAGUUCGGUUAAAGAUAAAAGUUUUUAUGUCGACAUCACAACUAAAACAAUAAGAUCAUUGUUCCGUCAUAAAAAAGAAGACUAAGGAAUAUUAUUGUGU